AUGACCCAGCCCCAGCAAGAAGCCCCAACUUUCAAACUUGUCCUCGUUGGUGACGGCGGUACUGGCAAAACUACCUUCGUUAAACGUCAUCUAACAGGAGAAUUUGAAAAAAAGUAUAUGGCAACCCUUGGUGUUGAAGUUCAUCCACUAAGUUUCCAUACAAAUUUCGGCCCAAUAUGCUUUAAUACAUGGGACACUGCAGGACAAGAAAAAUUUGGUGGUCUUAGAGAUGGAUAUUAUAUUCAGGGUCAAUGUGCUGUAAUUAUGUUUGAUGUGACCUCACGUAUUACAUACAAAAAUGUUCCAAACUGGCAUAGAGAUUUGAUUCGAGUGUGUGAAAAUAUUCCCAUUGUUCUUUGUGGUAAUAAAGAACGUAAAGUGAAAGCUAAAACUAUUACUUUUCAUCAAUUUGUUGCUUCUCCGGCGCUUGCACCACCAGAAGUAGAACUUGAUCCUAAAUUAGUUGAACAAUAUAAUCAAGAAUUACAAGCAGCAUCAGCCCAACCCCUUCCUGAGGAAGACGAUGAUCUUUAA